AUGGCUAGUCGUACUGAGGACUUUCAAAGUCAAUUCAUUAUUUACCAGCCGAUGAAUGCAAAAGAUGGAAUCUCCGUCGACGAGUAUGAUGAUUCGCAACGUGCCGUCCGCUGGUGGAAUCGCGGUCAUCAAAAUGUGAUUAAACAGGAGCAUUGCGAGAAAGCGGUCUCUCAUCUGAAGUCUGAACCAGCAUAA